AUGACUACACCUGAAGAGCAGCUUUUGGAACUUACCGGAAAGAAGGAGCUUAUUGAAGAAGCUAAAAUCGCGAAUUUGUUCGAUCAACUCAAGCCAGUACAAUCAGAAUUCAUGUUAGGCGAUUGGCUCGCAGGAUACUAUGACACGGGACAUAUGACUAACAAGGACUUGGCCGAAAUGCGCUGGGCCGGCAAGUGUUUCCGUACAGUCAACGACAUCGAUCCCGUGAUGGUGUAUGAUGACAAUGGUAACCGCGUACAUAAGAAGGAAUUCGGUCAAGCCCAGUUGCGCCAAGUGGAGUACCACGGUGUGGUGUCGGCGUGCAUGAUUUACGACACGAUGCCUAUUAUGGACCAUUUCCGAUAUCUCAACGAGGAGACUGUGGUUGGCGCGAUGGAUUCCAAGCUUCAUGCGGCGAUUCCUAACGUUGGCACUUUUUACUUUUACUUGACCCGAAUGAAGUAA